GGGAAAGAUGUUGAUAGUACGUCGUCAAAAGGUGUCGUUCCGACUCAGUUUUGACAUCGAUGAGCAUCUGUGAUUUAUUCUUUACGGUUAUUUAGGAUGAAGAUUGUCGGUCCUCCCAUGCCAUCUGUUGCUGAGGUGAACCCUGUAUGACCCUUGGUGACCUUGACACACCUCUGUCUGUGGGCCUGUGCCCCCCAGUUGACGGCAGGCUGGAUUUCCUGCAGAUGAAGCACCUGAAGAGGAAGAGGAAGAGUAACUACAGUGUGCGAGAGACUCAGACGCUGAUUAGGGAGAUCCACAAGCGACGGGAGGUCCUGUUCUCCCGGCAGCAGAACACCGCCAUCAACGAGCUGAAGAGACGUGCAUGGGAGGAGGUGGCGGGCGGAGUCAACGCGCUAGGAGAGGGAGAGCAGCGCACCGCGGCUGAGGUGAAGCGCAGGUACCUGGACUGGCGUGCCUUGAUGAAGAGGAAGCAGUUGAGGGCAGAGCUGCUGCUGUCGUCCGGCCUGAAGGGGGAGUACGAGCCGUCGUCCCCGGAGCAGGAGGCCUCGCUGGGCUCCGGGGACCAGGCCCUCGACCUGUGUGGCUUCCCCAAGGAGGGGCCCUGUGACUGGCAGGACCUGGCCGACCUCGGGGAGCCCUCUGGAUCCAUGACCUCCGCAGGGGUGAAGAUGGAGGACGAAGCGAAUGGAUACGCUCUGGACGAGGAUGGAGGGGAUGGCGAGGUGGACGAUGACGACUGUUUCCCCACCCUCCUUAACGACAUAGACCGCGGCGAGGGGCGUGUCCCUGAGGUCUACGCCCACAUCGACGAGUUUGGAAUGCUCAGCGCCUCCAAAGGGGCGGCGGCCUCCAUGAACCGGGACCUCUCAUUGGGUGGUCUGACCGGAAUGGGCGUGACUGGGAUAGCCAAUCACGAGACCACGGGAAUCCUGGUUGCUAUGGAGAAGCAACGCGUGGAGCUGGAGAAGCAGCGCCUUGCCGUGGAAACGGAGCGCCUCGCCGUGGAGAGAGAGAGGCUGUCCCUGGAGAAAGAGAGACUGCGUCAGGGGGAGGUGGAGAAGGAGAGACUCCAGCUGGAGAGAGAGAGACUGCAACUGGAGAGAGAGAGGCUGAGGGUUCUCCUGACCAACCAAUCAGAACGCGCCGAUUCCUCUCUCGCCCCUCCGCCCCAACAAGGGCCGCCCUCCUCCUCCACCUCCAACCUUGACGGGCAGAUGGAGAGAGAGAGGGAGAGAGAGAGGGAGAGCAGGCCCUGGCUGUCCGCGGCGGACCUGGAGGCAGAGAGGUUGCGGCUGGAGAAGGAGAGACUGCAGCUGGAGAAAGAGAGACUUCAGUUCUUUAAGUUCGAGUCAGGAAGAUUGCAGAUAGAGAGAGAGCGCCUCCAAGUGGAGAAAGAGAGAAUGCAUCUACACAAAGACCAGGAACCCUAGCCAAAGUCAUUAUGCCUUUAUAGGUGUGUUUGCAUCAAACUGUCCGGUGCUGGAGGAUGCCAAGUUUAUAAACAAAUCACUCAAUGACUGAACCUUCUAUGCCGAGGAAGUGUUUCCAUGUUUUCCAAUGUGUACAUUAUACCGUACGUGUUUAGGUGAAAUUGUAGAGAAAAAGUAGAGUGUAAGAUGGGUUCAGUGUUUGUUUUUACUCAUUGGUAAUAAGAAGGGAGUGUCCUGUUUAAGUCAGAAGUGCCCUAUCCCUCAUCUCCAGUCCCCCAGGCAGGGCCCUCUCUCCUGGGGAGAAACCUUCCCCUGGCAGGAAGAUUUGAUCUGCACCCUUAGCAGUUUCUUCCGUUAGAAUGAAGGGGAAAAAGUAAACAACCGCAUCUACAGCCCGCCGUUCUUUACUUAUACUUAUCUACUAGUAAUUUUCGAGUUAAUUACCGGUGUCUUUCUCCAAAAUGUGUUUUUAUAUUAUUUAUUUCUUGAUAUCAAGUGUGAGGAAAUAUAUCUGUGGGGUCUACCUCAAUCAUGUGAUUCGAUGUUCAUGGUGUCCUGUGCUGUAAAUACUGUAUCUUCCUUUGAGACUAAGCACAAAACCUAUAUAUUGUGUGUAUGUAAGUGGUGCGUUUAUAUUUGUGUCAAACUACGCCUUACGGAGAUUUUCCUUUGUCUUUUUUUUUUUUUAUGUUAUUUUGAUAUGAAGUGUGUAUAGUUUUCUGUAAAAAGGUAUUUUGUCGAAAGCCCUUCCUCCAGUGUCCUGGUAAACUAGCACAUUCUUUCUAAAGAAUAAAUAAAAAAAGAUAGAUGGGAGGGACAGAAUUGCCUUGAUGCUUUCGGCAUUGCCUUUUCAAGACCAACGAUAAAA